GGGAAAGAAGGGAAAUCUGAGUAUUUAUCCUCAACCUGAAUACACGCUUCCCCUUCAGGUUGGCGACGUCACGAACAAGAAGCCUCAGCGCCUGGUGACUCAGUUCCACUUCACCAGCUGGCCCGACUUCGGGGUCCCCUUCACCCCCAUCGGGAUGCUGAAGUUCUUGAAGAAGGUGAAGACGUGUAAUCCCCAAUACGCAGGAGCAAUAGUAGUGCACUGCAGCGCCGGGGUAGGACGCACGGGCACUUUUAUCGUCAUCGAUGCCAUGCUGGACAUGAUGCACGCGGAGAGGAAGGUGGACGUUUACGGCUUCGUGAGCCGGAUCCGGGCUCAGCGCUGCCAGAUGGUACAGACGGAUAUGCAGUAUGUGUUUAUAUACCAAGCGCUUCUGGAGCACUAUCUCUACGGUGACACGGAGCUGGAGGUGACCUCAUUAGAGAUCCACCUCCAGAAGAUCUACAACAAAGUGCCAGGGACCAGCAGCAAUGGGCUGGAAGAGGAGUUCAAGAAGCUCACUUCAAUCAAAAUUCAGAACGACAAGAUGAGAACGGGCAACUUGCCGGCAAACAUGAAGAAGAACAGGGUGCUUCAGAUAAUUCCAUAUGAGUUCAACCGAGUAAUCAUUCCGGUGAAGAGAGGUGAAGAGAACACAGACUACGUAAACGCUUCCUUCAUUGACGGUUAUCGCCAGAAGGACUCCUAUAUCGCCAGCCAAGGACCGCUGCAGCACACGAUAGAGGACUUCUGGAGGAUGAUCUGGGAGUGGAAAUCCUGCUCCAUAGUGAUGCUGACGGAGCUGGAGGAGAGAGGCCAGGAGAAGUGUGCCCAGUACUGGCCGUCUGACGGCUCCGUGUCCUAUGGAGACAUCACCGUGGAGCUGAAAAAAGAGGAGGAGUGCGAGAGCUAUACGGUGCGGGACCUGCUGGUAACGAACACCAGGGAAAACAAGAGCCGACAGAUUCGGCAGUUUCAUUUCCACGGCUGGCCAGAAGUUGGGAUUCCCGGGGAUGGGAAGGGAAUGAUCAACAUCAUCGCGGCUGUGCAGAAGCAGCAGCAGCAAUCUGGCAACCACCCAAUCACUGUGCACUGCAGUGCCGGAGCAGGAAGAACAGGCACCUUCUGUGCGCUGAGCACUGUCCUGGAAAGGGUGAAGGCAGAAGGGAUUCUCGACGUCUUUCAGACGGUGAAGAGUUUAAGACUACAGAGGCCGCAUAUGGUGCAGACACUGGAACAGUACGAAUUCUGCUACAAGGUGGUGCAGGAAUAUAUCGACGCCUUCUCAGACUACGCCAACUUCAAGUGAAGAAAGGAAAAAACAACAACAACAAAAAAAAAACAAACC